GGGAAAAAGGCUGUCGUGAAUUUCCCUCCACGUUUUCUUCAAUCAACCAAAGCAGCCAUGGCAAUGGCGGUUCGCACCCCGUCACCUCCGUCCUCCUUCGGUUUUCAGUUUAAACUUUUCCGUUUAUCUUCCAAUCUCACCCCAUUUUCUCACUUGAGUUCCAAAUCCCAUCAAAAUUCAAUCCCUUUCAAGUUCAGAUUGACGCAGUGCGCCAAGAAAGAGGCGAAACCCGCCGCCGACCCCAAGCUCGGCGUCGCAAUAUACAAGCCGAGGUCUUACGAUGUCCUGGUAUCUGACGCCGCAGAUUCCCUGUUUUGCGCUCUAAGUGACGGGAAGACUCGCGUAGAAAUUGAAUUCCCCCCCUUGCCCAGCAACGUUUCUUCAUAUAAGGGAUCAUCAGAUGAGUUUAAUGAUGCCAACGUUCAACUUGUAUUGGCUAUUGUCAAGAAGCUUCAAGAGAAGAAGGAAACAAGGGCUUGCAUUGUAUUUUCUGAUAAGCCGGAAAAGCGCAGGGCAUCAACACUUUUCAGAACAGCUUUUGACAUGAUUGAUGGUUUAACUAUUGGGACAUUGGAAGAUGUUCCUAUUGGUCCCAUGAUAACAUUUUGCAGAUCAUUAAGUCGCACAUUGGAUUUUGAUUUUGAGGAAGACGAUGAAGGUCGCUGGCAGUCUGAUAAGCCACCAUCGAUUUAUAUAUUUAUCAACUGCAGCUCUGCUGAUCUUUCUUCCAUAGAGAAGUACGUGGUAUGAUGUGCUGCUUUAAGGUCUGUGCAUGUUUUUUUAAACAAGCAGACACACCAUAGACACUAAUAGCACUAGCCUUAUCUCAAAAAGGCUUCAGGUCUUUCCAUGUUCUUUCUGUGUGUGAGCCAUUAUUCUGCAAAUUGUAUAUGAAAUCUAACUUAUGAAAUAUACCAGCACACCUAGGUAUG